GAAAAAUACGCGCAACCCAGUCAAAGACCGCGCCUUUUAACUCAAAUCCUCCAACCGCCGAUAUGUUACCCUCUUUCGCACAUUUCAAAGGCUCCUGUCUUCUCUUUGCCGCAAGAGAGAGAAAAAAAGAAGCGGUUGGAGAAAUCUUCUCCAACGCCAUUCAUUUUCCCAGCAUUCUCUCUCAUACGACUCGAUCCUCUCCCAAAAUCUCUCUCUUCUACCCCUUUCUGUUCUCUGCUCUCUCCCUCUCUCCCUCCAUGCUGUAAUCUACUCCUGGUCUCGAUCGGAAGAGGGUUUCCAGGAGAACUCUUUCGACCGUCCAUCAUCUCUCCUAACCCUAAUUUCGUUCGAAACCAAGGACUUCUCAACGCUCUCCUCAAUUCCCUUCUCGAAACGGAUUCUCAGACCUCAAUUUCGUUCUAAAUCUCUUAAGCAAAAGAGGUUCCGACGUCAAAGUCUAAAAUCAGCUUUUUUAAUUGCAUGAUCUGAAUCAGGGGAUGGCCUUUUAGUAAAUUUUUUCUGAAAAUCGGGGUUGAAUUUGAGAUCCUGACCAUGGAAAUCGCCGCGCAGUUGAAGCGAGGGAUCUCCCGUCAGUUCUCGACUGGGUCCAUGAGGAAGAGCGGCAAGUUCAGCUUCAGGCGACAAUCGUCCUUCGACCCGAGGCGCAACACGUUCCGUUUCAGCUUCGGGCGGCAGUCCUCACUCGAUCCGAACCGUCGGAGCCCAGCUCAGGAUGAGCUGUCGGUGCCGGAGAACCUCGACACGACGAUGCAGCUGCUGUUCUUGGCGUGCCGGGGGGAUGUGCAAGGUGUGGAGGAUUUGUUGAACGAGGGCAUUGAUGUAAAUAAUAUUGAUUUGGAUGGGCGGACUGCUCUGCAUAUCGCGGCCUGCGAGGGGCAUGUCGAUGUAGUGAAGCUGUUAUUGACUCGGAAGGCCAACAUUGAUGCCAGAGAUCGGUGGGGGAGUACGGCCGCCGCUGAUGCAAAGUACUAUGGAAAUGUCGAAAUUUACAAUAUCUUGAAAGCUCGAGGAGCCAAAGCUCCGAAAACCAGGAAGACUCCUAUGGUUGUUUCAAAUCCUCGAGAAGUUCCAGAGUAUGAGAUUAAUCCACUAGAGCUUCAGCUUCGCCGGUGUGAUGGGAUCUCAAAGGGCACAUAUCAAGUGGCCAAGUGGAAUGGAACAAAAGUUUCUGUUAAGAUACUUGAUAAGGACUGCUACUCAGAUCCAGAUAUCAUAAAUGCUUUCAAAAAUGAGCUGACAUUGUUAGAAAAGGUUCGGCAUCCUAAUGUGGUUCAGUUUGUGGGAGCUGUUACUCAGAAUAUACCCAUGAUGAUUGUUUCAGAGUACCAUCCAAAAGGAGAUUUGGCAAAUUACCUUCAAAAGAAAGGACGUCUACAGCCUUCUAAAGCUCUGAGAUUUGCUCUUGAUAUUGCUAGGGGCAUGAAUUGUCUUCAUGAAUGCAAACCAGACCCCAUUAUCCACUGUGAUUUAAAGCCAAAAAAUAUUUUGCUGGAUAGUGGAGGCUUGCUGAAGGUAGCGGGUUUUGGUUUGAUAAAGCUGUCAAAAUUAUCACCUGACAAAGCCAAACUAGCACAAUCAGGGGCUUUCAUAGACAGUUCAAGUUUAUAUGUGGCACCUGAGAUUUACAAAGAUGAGAUAUUUGACAAAAGUGUUGACACGUUCUCCUUUGGUCUCAUUCUUUACGAGAUGAUAGAAGGAGCAGCAGCCUUCCACCCCAAGUCUCCAGAAGAAGCAGCUAAAAUGAUUUGUUCAGAAGGGAUGAGACCGCCUUUCAAGCUCAAAUCAAGAAGCUAUCCUCCGUCCCUCAAAGAGUUGAUUGAAGAAUGUUGGAGUCCAGAUUAUGCAUCGAGACCGACGUUUUCUGAGAUUAUCAUGCGGCUGGACAAGAUAGUGGCAAACUGCACCAAGCAAGGAUGGUGGAAAGACACCUUCAAACUUCCUUGGAAAUGAAGACAGGGAAAUGAGUUCUGGAGCAAAAAAAAAAAAGAGAAAAAAUGAGAAAAAAUGAAAGAGAGAAUGACUAGGAAAAUCUCCAUUGAUGAUUACAGGUUUUUUGGGAAUGUAUGUUAUUGUACUAAUUUGUAUCAGAGGGGAAGCAUGUUAUUGUACUAUUUUGUAUUGGAUGGAAUAAAAUAUUCAUGUAAUAAACAAGGGUUAAAUAAAAGAAAAGGUGGCGUUCUUUGCAAGGAA